AUGAAAUUUAAUUUGACAAAACUAAUAAGAAAGUAUACAAAAACUGUUGGAAAAUGGUCAGAAAUAGAUGAAAUAGUGAAAGUAGCUUUAUUUAUACAGAGAAUUUUGGGUCAACAAAUACUAGACAAGCAAUGGACGUGGAAAAAUUAUUAUAUCCAUCAAAUAAUACAUUUAUGUAUAUUUGUAUACGUUUUCUUUGGUACAAUACAAAUUAUACAAACAACUACUGAUAUUGAAUUAGUCGCAGAAGCUUCGUAUACUUUAAUUAUAAUGACGCAUUUCGCUUUAAAAAUCAUCCUUUAUAUAAAUAAUAGAAAUACAUUUCGUUCAUUACACGUUACAGCGAAAACAACAAUUAUGGAUACUAUAAAAAUGGAUUCAGAAAAGAAAUUCAAAAAUGUUCUUAAAAUCGGAUCAAGAGCCGUUAAGAUGUUUCUGUUUGUAAUAAUGUUGAUUCCUGUGUUGAUAUAUCAGUUUACAACGCUUUGGAAUUAUAUUAAAGGACAGAGAACUAUGUUAUCAAGGUCGACUGCACCGCUUAUGUCUAUGUCGACUCCGUAUUAUGAAAUAGCUUGGUUUUUACACUCUAUCUUUCUAUUAGAAGUUUCGACGACAUUAAUAUUGGAUAUGUGGUUUGUUUUAUUGACCUUUUUCUUAUGUAAAGCGAAUGAAAGCGUAACAAAAGUACUGAAGGUAAUGAAGAAAGAAAAUGAAAGUUCAAUUGCAUAUUCCACACGUUUAUCGGAUGCGUUGCGUCGAUUUCACGAAAUUCAUGUUAAACAUAAUGGGUACUUAAUAGGUCUAAGAAAAAUGUACAAAUGGCUUGCAUUAGUGCCUCUAAGCAACGCUAUUAUGUGCACUUGUCUAAGCUUACUGAUUAUGAGCAAGGAAAUCAAUUGGAGAUUUGCCCCUCACAUGGUGCCAAUGAUUGCUGAAAUAUUUACAUACAACUGGUUUGGAGAACAGUUAAAAACAAAGAUGACGGAAAUAAACGAUGCAAUACUUAUGUUUGAUUGGACGGGUUUAAAUAUUAAAGAUAAAAAAUGUUAUUACAUUAUAUUAAUUCGUACCCAAAAUGAGUUUGGUAUUAAAACAGCAGUUGGCAAUGAGUUGUCUUUGAUAACUAUGACUACUGUGGCGAAAGCAAUUUACCAAGCGUUUGCUGUUUUAAGAACAGUGGAUAGUUAA